GGUCAGCUUAAACCCCACAUUCAGUUUUGUUGAACUGGAAAGUGUGUAUCAUGCCUGAACCAGCGAAGUCCGCGCCCAAGAAGGGCUCAAAGAAGGCCGUCACCAAGACCGCCGGUAAAGGAGGAAAGAAGCGCAAGAGGACCAGGAAGGAGAGCUAUGCUAUCUACGUGUACAAAGUCCUGAAGCAGGUUCAUCCCGACACCGGAAUCUCUUCCAAGGCGAUGGGCAUCAUGAACUCUUUCGUGAACGACAUCUUCGAGCGCAUCGCCGGUGAGUCGUCUCGUCUCGCUCACUACAACAAGCGCUCCACCAUCACCUCGAGAGAGAUCCAGACCGCCGUGCGUCUGCUGCUGCCCGGAGAACUGGCCAAACACGCCGUGUCUGAGGGAACCAAGGCCGUGACCAAAUACACCAGCUCCAAGUAAAGCUCGUCUGACCGGCCAAUACAAAGGCUCUUUUAAGAGCCACCCAAAGUUUCUUUAAAAGAGCUGUUUUUGCGUUAUUCUACUCUCUUAAAAAACGUAAAACUUGAGAGCUCCUGCAAUUAAUGUUUUAACUAAGCUUCAUUUUAUGCAGCCUAAUGGCUAAAACGUUAAAAUAAACUCCAUAGUUACAACCAAGUUUCUAUCCAAAUACAAUGAGUUACUAUUCCGCAGUUUAAUCUCUAUAGGGAUUGCAUAACUGAUGAAUUAAAUACUUUAGAUGCAUUUUUAUAAAGGAUGUGAAUAUGAAGCAAAA